GGUCAUCCACCCGCAGUAAGUAUCCACAAACGGCGACAUUUAGCCGAAUCAGUUUGAACUUGGUUGGUUCACUAGGUUCAAUUGGAGUGGAGCACCCCGUAGGGCGCGGAAGCCGAAACCUUGGGGGUGCUAACUUAGCGUGUUUCACGGUUGGAACUUGUACUCGAAGAUAAGGGAUAGUAUUUGGCUUAUACUACUUACUUGGAACGUUCGCUAUACGGGUUACAUACGCCACCCGAUCGGCGGUUCUGGAUCGACGAUAGAUCGACGUGUCGGGCUGCGUCGGGAAGUGUCGGGCCUCAAUGGAUUUCAAAGGUCGAUUGUACCUCGCGUGCGUAUUUCACUUCGGUUUGCUGAGAAAAGCAGGGGCGCCAUCCGGAUCUGUUGUAAAACCUAGCGCCUUUUGUCGCGACGGAUCAGGUUUCGGUAAAGCUUCACAUCUUAGCACGUCGAGUCUUUGUGACAUUAUCAACCAAUUUUCAACACUUCAAGACGCAAUAUUUCAAUGCAUAUGUGUCGGACGCUUAUAGCCUACAUUGGAUGUAGCUGUCGAUUUGAGU